AUGAACGUGCUUCUAAACAUCCUGUAUGAGUACCGAGAUCGGCUCCAAUCGCUUCAAGAGGUAACCAUGCGCAACACCUUCGUCGAACCUAGGGCGCUAACUCGCGACGGCGGCUUUGACCAGCUCGCAAAAGAGUGGCAAGAGUGGCAGGUUAGGGAAUGUUCUGGAAUCUGCAAGGACUGGGAUUUGCACAAGGUGGUUGAUGCCACAGUACGGGUUGCCGACCGACCGGAGGACAGAGAUGCGUUCUUUGAUCGGUAUGAUAUUCCUCCUGAGCUGAAUGACGGGCGGCAUGAAGCAGGAUACUGCUACAUCAUAGUCUCGGUCCAACUGGUCUUCACGAAAAGAAUCGGCUCCGCCGAGAAUGGGACAGCAACGCCAACGCCAGCAGACCAAAUUAUUCCGAGAUUCGUCGCGACAUUGGAAGAAAACCCAUAG